AUGGAGUCGGAAGAGCAACAAGCUGCCUCUGCUCCGAAGGAGGUACCCAAGAAGAAGGAGAAGGUAAAGCCUGCAGGCAAAGCCAAGGCAGAUGGCAAGGAGGAGAAGAAAGCGAAGCCAGCUAAGAAGGAGAAGGCGCCCAAGGUGAAGAAGGCGAAGCAGGAGAAGCCGCACCCUUCCUCCAAGGCUGGCCCAGGGUUCACGGUCAAGCUGAACGACGAAGAUCCUCCUCGAGUGGUGAUCGCGACGGUGAACAAGAAGGGGUAUGCUGGGAUGAAGCUGGGCCUGAAAGAGGGAGACGUGAUCGUCCGAAUAGACAACCUGAGCACCGACGGCGCCAACAUGAACGUGGUGAAGUCAAAGCUGAUUGGCAAGAGCGGGGACUCGAUACGGCUGGGGGUCGAGCGGGUGAACGAAGUGACCAAGGAGAAAGAGACUGUCGUCCUCGAGCUUAUCCUUGACUUCUCGCCCCUGGUCAAGUCCAUGAAGGCAGGAAAGCUUGAUCAAAGAGGAAAGUCCACGGCUCUAUCUCUCCACAUGGUGGACACUCAAAUGAAGCGCGAGCUCUUCUACCUGGCAGGCGCGAUGCAGCCCCUCUGCAAGCUGCUGACCGACGGCAAGGCUGCAGCCCAGCUCGACGUAGCCAUCCGCUCCCUUCAGAACAUGAUGAAAGUCGCCAUGUGGGACGACCUCUCUGUAGCGCUAACGGCGCUCGGGAAGCCUCUGGUGCAGCUGGUGGAGAGGGGGGGGCUGGCGAAGAGGAUGAUGGCGAUGGACCUUCUGGUCAAGAUCGCUCUGUUCGCUCCUACCCAUGACGCCCUCGUAGCCUCUGGGCUGAUAGAGGUCAUCUGCCUCCAGCCCAAGGGCGUUAUACCCGCCGUUCUGCCCAAGGAGACGCCCAAGGGAUGGAAGGCAGGCAAGAAGCCUAACGGGUUGGAGGGAAAGGCCGCAGGCGUCCUGAGCUGUCUGGCGAGGAUGGAGGACGGAACGAGGAGGAGGAUAAACGACGUGAACAACAAGGGAGUGCACCUGUUAGUGAGGAUGAUGAAAAGGACGAGGGAGGCAGCGGGAAAGCUCAACGCUAUAGGACCUGACGCAGCUGCGAAUGCGACGGAUGCUUUGCAGUACAUGGCGCUGAACAGCAGCUGUCGACAUGACAUGCACAGCCUCGGCGCACUGGAGACAUUGAUUGAUAUACUGAACGAGUUUGUGGAGGAGGCGGGUCAGACGGAAGACGAGGUCCACAAGGAGCUGGAGAAGUAUGCGUCGAACAACAUGCGGAGGUUGACAGCACCAGAGUUUGAGAGCUGGUACGCCAACAGCGGGAGAGGGGACGCGCGGAAGGCGAAGGCAACAUUUCGCACCCUUGACAUUAGAGGAGAGGGUACGGCUCUGUUCAACGACAUUGUCAAGUUCGUACUGGACCCUCCUCCUCAGGCUAAGUUUGACCUGUUCGCGAUGAUGUGUAUCCGGAACGUGGCAGUCGAAGGAGCGCUGAGGGAAAAGUUGAUUAGUCUGGGGGCCGUGGAGGCGAUAGCGGGGAGGAGGCUGGCGACGAAGAGAAAGGAGAAGCGUGCUGCGGCAGUCCUGGCUCUGCUCAACCUGUCUUUCUCCCGAGAAUGUCAUGUAAGCAUGCAGGGUUGUGCUGUGUUGUUGUGUUGUUGCGGAUGUGCCUUCCUUAUGAUUGUGCUGGACGUGUUGUUGUGUGUUGUUGCUGCUGCAAGUGACGCUGUUUGCAAACAGCACAGACUGUUGGCUGUCGGGAUAGAAGACAAGCUCGUCUCGCUGCUGGGCAACAGUGAGGAAGGAUGCGCGACGGCCAUGAUGAUGCGGCAGCUGGCGAGCACGAAGACAAUGCAGAAGAAGCUGAUCGCUGCGGGAGUGAUGAAACCUUUGAUAGACAUGAUGAAGGUGAUGGAGUGA